AUGCACGCCAUAACAUUUGCAGUCAAGGAGAUUAAUGACGACCCUAAAUUGCUGCCCAACAUUACCCUGGGCUUCCAGGUUUUUGACACUUGCAAUACUUUGCGGCGAGCGGCACAAGGAACUCUUAUAAUGCUGUCGGGAGCACAGGAGAUCAUCCCCAAUUAUAACUUUCUCUCAAAGGCGCCUCUUGCUGGGAUUGUUGGUGAUUCUGGAUCAACGCGAUCUAUAUUCAUGGGUCAGAUUUUAGGACUGUACCGAUACCCACAGAUCAGUUAUUUUUCAACCAAUCCUGUUCUUAGUCAACGUGACUUGUUCCCUUCCUUUUUCCGUACCAUACCAAGUGAUGAGUUCCAAAUGAGAGGUCUAGCCCAGCUGGUUUCUCAUUUUGGUUGGUCUUGGGUUGGUCUCUUGGCCAGCGAUAAUGAUUAUGGUCAGUCUGGACUCCAUAUUGUAAAGGAGGAAAUAAUUAAAGUUGGGGUUUGUGUGGCCUUUGCUGAGAAUAUUUUGACUGGUCUGCCCAACAGAAAUGCGCCCUACCUUGCAAAAAUCAUUAAAAACUCAACUGCAAAGGCCGUAGUUGUUAUAUCUUCUGAUCCCGACUUUGUGAUCGUGGUGGAGGAGAUGCUUCUCCCUUACAUUAAAAAUGUCAACUUCAAGACCAAAGGUGGGAGGCAAGUAUUUUUUGAUGCAAACGGGGACAUUCCAGCUGUCUAUGACAUUGUAAACUGGCGAGUGGGCGCCAAGGGAACAUUGAAACAGGUCAAAAUUGGGAGCUAUGAUAGCAGUUCCCCAGAUGGAAAAACUUUCAAAGUUGAUGGUGCUGCUAUUACGUGGACCAAUGGUGAGAACCAGGUUCCUCUAUCCAACUGCAGCCCAAGUUGUCCUUUGGGGUUUAGAAAAGUGACAGUACCAGAAAAACCCCUUUGUUGCCAUGAGUGUGCCCGGUGUCCCCAGGGGCAGAUUUCAAACCAAACAGAUGCUUUGGAAUGUCACCCAUGUUCCUGGGACACGUGGCCCAAUCUACAGCAGGACAGAUGCCUACCAAGACCUACAGAGUUCCUUUCCUAUGGAGAUCCUUUGAGCUACAGCUUAGCAGCCACUGCCAUAUUCUCUUCUCUAGUCCCACUUGUCAUAUUAGGUGUUUUUAUUAAUUAUAAAGAAACACCAAUAGUCCGAGCCAACAACUAUCCAGUUAGCUGCCUUCUCCUCUUUUCCCUGUUCCUCUGUUUCCUUUGCUCUUUAGGGUUCAUUGGUUACCCACAGCCUGAAAAGUGCCUUCUGCGCCAGGUGGCAUUUGGGAUGGUUUUUGCCCUCUGCAUCUCCUGUGUUCUGGCCAAAACCAUCACUGUUGUUAUUGCCUUUAAUGCAACCAAACCCGGCAGCAGGUUAAGAAAGUGGACAGGGGUGAAGGUGCCUUAUUUCCUUAUUUUGUGUUGUGCUUUAAUUCAGCUUUGUAUUUGUGUGAUUUGGUUGAUUUUCUUCCAACCUUUCCAUGAACUUGACACUGACACCAAGCCAGGAAUCAUCAUUGUUAACUGUAAUGAAGGAUCAUCAACUGCCUUCUGGUGCAUGCUGGGAUACCUUGGCCUCUUGGCCACCAUCAGUUUCAUUGUUGCCUUCCUGGCCAGACGCCUCCCUGACAGUUUCAAUGAAGCCAAAUUGAUCACAUUCAGUAUGUUGGCUUUCCUCAGUGUGUGGGUGUCCUUUAUCCCAGCCUAUCUCAGUGCCCGGGGCAUGUAUACUGUGGCAAUGGAGGUCUUUGCCAUCCUGUCUUCCAGUUGGGCUUUGGUGGGCUGUAUCUUUGUGCCAAAAUGUUUCAUUAUAUUGUUCAGCCCCCACAUAAAUUCUAGAGAACAUUUUACUAUUAAACCCAUAAAUAAAAUCUAG